AUGCCGAGGGGAUUUCUGGUGAAACGGAACAAGAGGACCAACCCGGUGUCCUACCGGGUCCGGCCCGGUGAGGAGGAGCACAAGGAGCAUGCUGAUGAUGCUCUUCCUCCUCCUCCUCCUCCCUCCUCCUCUCUCCGGGUGAUGGAGCCGACGCCCUGCUGUGCGGCGGCGGCUCCGGAGCAGACAUCCAGACCGGUCCAGUUCGGGAACCCGGAGCUGGUGUACCAGGCUCUGCUGUACAGCCCCACCCGACCCAGCUCCUCCUCCUCCUCCUCCUCUUCCUCCUUUUUCAACCUGGGCUCUCCGGUGUCCGCGGAGUCCUUCCCGACGCAGGCUGCGCUCCCCGCCGUGGAGAACCUGUACGGCCCGGUGGACCUGAAGAUCGGCUCCAGCAACAGCAGCCGAACCGGUACCAGCACCACCACCUCCUCCUCCUCCACCUCCUCCAAGCGCAAACCCAAACCCUCCUCCUCCAAGAAGACCAAAGCCAUCCGGAGGCUGCACUUCGAGGACGACGUCACCACCUCCCCGGUGCUCGGGCUGAAGAUCCGAGAAGGUCCGGUGGACCGGCCCGUCAGAGCCCAGCAGCCCGGAGGAGACGACGUCCCGCUGGGGGAGUUCGUGUGCCAGCUGUGCCGAGAAGCCUACCUGGACCCGUUCGCCCUGGCCCAGCACAGGUGCUCCAGGAUCGUCCGGGUGGAGUACAGGUGUCCAGAGUGUGACAAGGUGUUCAGCUGCCCGGCCAACCUGGCCUCACACCGGCGAUGGCACAAACCCAAGCCGCAGCCGGAGGUCGAGAAGGACAAGGACAAGGACAAGGACAUGGACCAGGACAAGGACCGGGACAAGGACAGGGACACUCCCAGUCCUGGGCCGUCCGAGUCCGGCUCAGAGGAAGGCCUGUACGACUGUCACCACUGUGGGAAGAGGUUCAAGCGCCAGGCCUACCUGAGGAAACACCUGGCGUCCCAGCACGGCUCCCCAAAGCUGGAGGACGAGGAGGAGAACCUGUGUCCUGUCUGCGGGGAGAGCUUCUCCAACAGAGGAGGUCUGGAGAGGCACAUCCGUCUGCUGCACUCCUCGCAGGUGUAUCCGUGUAAAUACUGCCCCGCCGUGUUCUACAGCUCCCCGGGCCUCACCCGGCACAUCAACAAGUGCCACCCGUCCGAGAACCGGCAGGUGAUCCUGCUGCAGAUGCCGCUGCGUCCUGCCUGCUGA